AUGUACGACGCCACCGCGCUCGACUGCGGCAGCAUCUACGGCAACGCCAUGUCGUCGGAUGCUGCGACGACAGCGCCGCCUGCUCUCGUCGCCGCGCCUAAGACACGCCGCAUAACCCCUUUAUCACCGCCGUCGGCUACGUCGCCCACUAAGCUCAAGAAGCCCAGGGACGGUAGGGGCAGGGGCAAGAGCGGCAGCGCCGUGUCCCAGGCCGCGGCCGACUUACGAUCCUUACUCCCGCCGUCGAAAUACGAGAUGCCUCCGAAGAAGAAACCAAAGACGAGGUCUAAGACGGACCCUUCGGAGACGGCGGCGACUGGCGGCGAGCGCGAGCCUAAGCAAGACGCCUAG